GCUAGUCUCUGGGAAAUGCUUUAAAAAACACGAGGAAAAAAAUACAGUAUUCCAAUAUGACCAACAAGUAUUUCCAAAUUUUCAAAAACUAUAAGUGUAGUCAAUGGUAGUUAAAUGGUAGUCAAUAGUUAGGCUUUAAGGGCAGUCCUAAUUAUUUAAUUUCAGUGUGAGUCGUCUGUUUUGUUGAAUGAAGCCUCCUUCAAUUAAAACGAUUUGUUGAAUGAACAUAGGAUAGUGCUGAGACCAGCAGCAUAAAAAAGGUUGAGUAGAUUUCUGUUUGUAUGGAUCUUCAAGCAGAUUCUACUGUAGAAAUAAUGGCUCAAGCAUCCGCUCCAGUGGUAUUCACAUCACAAGCCAGAGGCUACCCAAAGGCAAUCAGUGUUAGCCCUGUAGAAGAAAAGUUUCUCUGCGGACAUUGUGAACUCAUCCUAAGGAACCCAUUACAGAGUGAGUGUGGCCAUAGAUUUUGCCAGAGCUGCAAAGAUGAACUAGCUAGAAGCAAUGAAGUCAACAAACAGCGCAUGUUGUGUAAGGCUUGUGUGAAAGAGCAGGUACCAGAGGAUGAGGCACUUCUAGAACCUGAAAAGAUGUUUGAAGAUAAGGCUGCCAUCAGAGAGAUGAAAAAAAUAGCAACUAGAUGUCCUAACCCAGGCUGCCAGUGGAAAGGAACUUUUGCUGAAUAUAUUAGUCAUGAGACAGAGUGUGAUAAAAAAAUGGUCAACUGUCAGUUGUGUGGAGUUGCUGUAACACAAUCUUCAUUACAGCAUCAUGAAACAAAAAAAUGCCCAAAAAGGAUUGUCUCGUGUCCCUACUGCAAGGUUGAAACAGUACAUGAUCAACUAGAGAAACACCAAGAAAGUUGUCCAAACAAACCAGUGAAAUGUGACAAGUGUUAUAAGCCAGUUCUGAAAACUGAGCUUCAAACUCACAAAGAAGAUGAAUGUGUCCACCGCAUUGUAGAGUGUCCUGUCCCUGAUUGUAAAGCAUCGCUCCCUCUAGAUCAGUUUUUAAAUCACUUCAGCAAGUCUACACUGGGGACCCAAAAACACAUGCUGUUUUUGUUUGAUAAGAUGAAACACUUAGAAAGGCACAUUGCACAGAUAGAAACCUCCACACCUGGAGCAGUGGCAGGUGCUGUAGAUAACUCAGCUCACUCUGGGGCAGAGGCUGGUCAACACGGAGACUCAUCUAGUGGGGCUGGUGUAGCUGGGGCUGAAGGGGGAGCAGGCAGCAGCUCAAUGACAACAGAAGAGAGACAAAAACUCAAGCUGCAUGAGGACCUGAUGGCUGUGCUACAUGGAGAAAUUCUUAGAUGUAUUAAACAAGUGGAGGCAUUGGCCAGAAAUUUAGAACAGGAAACUAAAUAUAAUAGAGAAAAUAAGGACAAAAUUCAAACUAUCGAGCGAAGUAUUGCUACUCUAGAAAAUAAACUUCAGAGUUUACCUAUGAACCCAACAACAUUAGCAGAUCCACAGGAGGGAGGUAUUUUGUUGGAUGCUAAGGAUGGAUUAAUCACAUGGAGAGUGGAUAACUUUGCCAAGCUGCGUCAAGAUGCAGUGAAUGAUUCCAAGCCAUGUAUAUGCUCCCCACCAUUCUUUACUGGUCAGACUGGCUAUAAGAUGAGGAUACGCUUGUUCCCUAAUGGGGAUGGAGAUGCCAAAGGCAAAUCUAUAUCAGCAUUUACACAGCUGAUGAAAGGUCCUUUUGAUGACUUGCUACCUUGGCCCUUUGUUGGAAAGGUGUACAUGAUGAUAGUUGAUCAGAGGAACUUACGAGAACACAAGGUUGUCAGUUUCAAUGCCUUACGUGACCAAGCUGCAUUUCAAAAACCAGUGAAUGCCACCAACAUAGCAUCUGGGUUACCCAACUUGAUCAGCUUGUCAGAACUUUCUGAUGGACAAGAUCGCUUCAUUGCUCGAGAUUGUCUCUACAUGAGAAUUUACAUUGAUCUAAGUGUUGAUAAUGUACAAGACAAACUGGCAUCUUUGAACCCUAAGACAUUUUUGUCACGAAGGCCUUAAUUUGCCUUCCCUCUAUAACCUGUACAUAGAAUUAUCACUUUGUAUCUGUGAUGAGAGUGAUGAAGUGGUGGGCUAGGGAGUGACUUGACAUUUAUUAUCAAAUAAAAAUGGUUUGAGUGAAACGGUUGGAACACUGAAAGGGUUUUAAAGCUACACAUAUUUUGAAGCUACCUGUCUUAAUGAAUACCUUCAUAUUGUUCUGUCAGAUAGAUUUUUUUAUUGUUUAUUUAUGCAUGAGCCUUAUGAGGCUUAGCUGAUUCAUUAGUGCUGUACAUAACCAUUUUAGAGUACAAAUCUGUAUCCUAUUUUUUUCAGCUUGUUUCAUUAUACAUUUAACUUAAGAAUAUCCUUGAUUACUAUUCAUUCUAUAAAGCAUUGUCUUAAAUAACACCUGACAAAAUGUGUAAAUAUUUUCUGCUGUUAAUACCGCUCUGUUUCUUUGUUUUACAAGAAAGUUAUUGUCUUUUGAUGGAAGUUCCUUUGAUAUAAUCUUUAAUUGUACAAAUGGAAUCAAUUAUGUUCCUCCUGAUGGCCAGAUUAUGAUAACAGAAUGGGGCUAAACUAUUCUAAUAAACAAGUGUACAGAAGAGUUUGUUUUUGUUAGUUCUGUUUUGAUGAACUUUGUCAACUCAUUCAGUUACACCAUUAGAAUUUAUGUAUUCUUUCAAAAGAAAAUACACAUUAAAUUUUCUAAUGCUACUGGACUGAAUUGCAUUGUUUAAUUGAAAAAAAAAUUCUAAUUUUAUUCCUAAACUCAGUAGAAAUAGGAUACCAUUAGCAAAUUUAAAAAUUUUUGGAUUAAAAUUAAAAACUCAAGCAACAAUUGUAUCAAACUUUGAACCCAUUUGUUUUUUUUUCUGAAAACUUUCCGAGACAGUCGAUUAUGCAACAAAGUAAUGAGUGCUUGUGAUUUGUCUGUCAAGUGUAAAUGUGUUUUGAGUAGAAUUCAAGCUGCCCUCAGCUCUACCUACACUUUUCAUUUGUGGUAUACAUUGACAUUUGUAAAAAUACUUGCUUUCCAGCAGCUCUUGGCACUAAAAAAUAUGCCAUCUUAUUUUUAUACUGCUAACCCCAGGUGAUGUGAAUAUUUUAAGUUGUUUAAGAACUUAAGCUUUCAAUCUACAUCACAUAUAUAUUACCAAAAAAGCUUGGGUAUACUUAAAAAAAAUUAGAAUAAUGAGAAAGUUUUGGUGAAAGUUCUUUGUUCACCAUGGGUGAAAACAAAUACACCUUCCUAACUCUACACCACAAGACUGCAGCACUGACUCACGUUUGUUGAAUAUUCUAGUCAUUUUCUUUUUUUUUUUAUUGAAUGCUAUUGAAAACUCCUACAGAUUAAAUAACUCUAGAAUUCAACAGCUGGACUUUAAAGUAUGUUUUGUGUCAGUUAUGUUAUUCAUUAUUUUGAUGAUCCUGUUUAAAAUAAAUAUCUGUAAAUGCUUAAGCUUGUACACAUUUGAUUUGUCAAAAUAUUUCUUUUUAAACAGUAAAUUAACUGUAUGACCUAUGUAAUAAACUUUAAUAGUCUAAUGAAGUUAUGUAAAGCUUUUAUCUUUUGGAAUGUUUCUAGCUUCCUUAAAUUCUCUGUAGAACAAAAACUAGCAAAUACAGCGUUUUCUCAAAUUAUUUCAUUCAUGCAUAAUCUCAAGAAAGAUAAUUGAGAAGUGUUUUAAAUGGUUUCACCAAGCAAUCCUUAAAAUGUACACAACCUUGACAGCAAAACCUGAUUUUAAUACACCAAACCAAACUUUAGGUUUAUGAUGUAGUAAUCUUGUAUUAGCUUAUAUGUAUAAAAACUGGCACUAUUUUAUUUGUCAUAGAUUUUAUUUUGAAAUUUCAUUGGUCAGGAUGAUUUGAUUGUUUAAUCAAGUUGAAGACAAUUUGUCCAAUGCUGUUCUUGCUUUUUUUUAAAGAGAGAUAGUUGCAUAGAAAAGCAAACUUAUUUUUUUAAAUGUCAGCUUAGAACAAUUUAGUUUUAAGUAGAGAGAACAAAGGCUGUUUGCUAUAUGAAGUGAUUUUAAAAUGUUUAUUAUUUUGUUACUUUUUGUUCUACAUUUCCAUACUUCUUGUGAUUUUUCCCAAGCCCCAUCAAAUCCAAUUGUUUCUUGUAUAGCAUUAAAUUCAAAGUCAUUAGAGAUUUGCAGUGUGACUGGCAUAAUGAUUUUAAAGAUUGAAAGCUGGUAAAAAACAUUUCUUUUUGUCUACCAUCAAGUUGCUGAAUAGCUUUGAGAUUUUGUUCUUUGAUUGUAUAUAAAAUGAGUGAUGAUAUAUUGUAUGAAGCUCAUUGUUGCAUGUAUGCUGUAAUCAGUUGUACAAGAUUUUAAAAAUACUUUUCACUCAGUUU